AGUGUAGGAGGGACGGAGGGAGAGAAGGAGGAGUGGAUGACAAACAGAGGGAUGUUACUCUCAGGGUUUAGCAUGGACAGUUUGAGACACUGAGAGAGACGAAGAGACGGAGGCAGCAUGUUCACCUCAUCUGUUCGCUCGGUGGUGAGGAGCAGAGCACUGAGGGCCUCGGUGCCUGGAGAUAGAGAGAUGAAGGGAGAGGUGGAUGGAGGGGUGGACAGAGGGAUGGCUAGAGAGAAAGAGCAGAGAGACAGAAGGAGAGAGGGAUGCAGUGGACGAGUGAGGAGUUUUGAAGAGAUUCCACACACAGGUCGUAAUGGCUGGAUGAAGCUUCUGCACUUCUGGAGGAACGGAACGUUCAGCCACCUUCACAAACACAUGGAGCAAAACUUCAACACACUCGGCCCCAUUUACAGGCAGUACCUGGGCUCUCAGUGCAGUGUGAACAUAUUGCUCCCAGUUGAUAUUGCUGAACUCUUCCACUCUGAGGGACAGAAUCCACGCCGAAUGACGCUGCAACCAUGGGACACGCACCGCGAGACACGCAAACACAGCAAAGGGGUCUUCCUCAAAAAUGGAGCUGAGUGGCGCUCUGACCGGUUGUUGUUGAACCGUGAGGUGAUGUUGAGUUCAGCUGUACGCCGUUUCCUGCCGCUGUUGGACGAGGUGGCGCGGGAUUUCACUCGUGUUCUGCGGUGUAAAGUCCAAGCUGAAGGACAGAUGGAGAAUGACACACACACGCUGACCUUUGACCCCAGCCCUGAGCUUUUCCGCUUUGCUCUGGAAGCGAGUUGUCAUGUUCUUUAUGGUGAGCGUAUUGGUCUUUUCUCAUCUGAGCCGUCUCAGGAGUCUGAGCGCUUUAUUUGGGCGGUGGAGCGAAUGCUGAACACGACUCCGCCUCUCCUCUAUGUGCCCCGCCCACUGCUCCGCUUCCACACACCCCUGUGGACACAACAUGCGACUGCAUGGGAUCACAUCUUCAGUCAUGCUGAGGAGCGGAUCCAGCGUGUGUAUGAACGGCUCCAGGCUCGGGGGGGCAGUGUUGGGGGAGCAGCAGAUGGCUCACAGUUCCCCGGAGUGCUAAGGCUGCUGAUGGAGAGAGGACAACUUCCUCUGGAGCUUAUCAGAGCUAACAUCACUGAACUGAUGGCAGGAGGAGUCGAUACUACGGCGGUUCCUCUGCAGUUUGCAUUAUUUGAGUUGGCGCGUAACCCCGGGGUUCAGGAGUGUGUGCGUGCUCAGGUGCAGUCGUCAUGGUUACGGGCAGAGGGGAAUCCCCAUAAGGCUCUGCAGGGGGCGCCACUGCUCAAGGCCACAGUGAAGGAGACACUAAGGUAA